GUUUUUCAACCGACAGAUUGUCCGAAGGAAGAAACGAUGUGCGAUUUUCUGCGACCAACCCUCUGCAAUCUUCUCCAUUCAAUACGAAUUCCCCAAAUCAAUCGAUCGAAUCAAGCAAUUGAAGCAAUUCCAUCAAUAACGAGCGUCAGAAGCCCCUGAAUUUCGCAACCGGAAAAUUCCUCCAUUGUUACCGAGCUUCGUUAGGGUUUUUGCGGUAAAGUAAUAUUUUGUUCUUCGUCAUCACCAAUGAAAUGAUCGUGAAUUGCAGUGAGGCUGACACCGGCGUCGAUUCGAGCUCGAGAUCGGUAAGCGAGACGGUGAAUGGCUCGCACCAGUUCACCAUCAAAGGCUACUCUCUGGCCAAGGGAAUGGGGCCGGGCAAAUACAUCUGUUCCGACACGUUCAGCGUCGGCGGCCAUGACUGGGCGAUUUAUUUCUAUCCGGACGGGAAAAGCCCCGAGGAUUCCUCGAUGUAUGUCUCGGUUUUCAUUGCGCUGGUAAGCGAAGGGACCGAUGUGAGGGCGCUGUUCGAACUUACGCUUGUGGAUCAAAGCGGGAAGGAGAAGCACAAGGUCCAUAGCCAUUUUGAUCGGUCGCUGGAGAGCGGUCCCUACACGCUUAAAUUCAGGGGAAGCAUGUGGGGUUACAAGCGAUUUUUCAGAAGAACUUCGUUGGAAACUUCUGAUUAUCUUAAGGAUGAUUGUCUCUCAAUGAAUUGUACCGUCGGAGUUGUUCAAACGCGUGUAGAGAAACCCAAACCAUUUGGUAUUGCAAUUCCUCCAUCAGAUAUGGGCCUAUGUUUCAAGCAUUUGCUGGAUGGCGAGCUUGGCUGUGAUAUAAGCUUCAAAGUUGGGGAAGAAUCAUUCAAGGCUCAUAAGUUAGUACUUGCAGCACGCUCUCCCGUGUUCCGAGCCCAGUUUUUUGGAGUUACGGAACUUGCUGAGUGUGAAAAUGUGGAUAUUGAGGAUAUCGAACCACCUAUAUUCAAGGCUCUGCUGCAGUUUAUGUACUCGGACGAGCCUCCCAAUUUCCAUGACAUAUUCAGCUCAACAUCUUCAUCUUCUUUGGUCAUGAUGCCGCGUCUAUUGGCUGCUGCCAAUCGCUUCGAUUUGAAUAGGUUCAAACAGUUCUGUGAAGCAAAAUUAUGCGAAGAGCUCAGUGCCGAGACACUAGCUACAACUCUUUCUAUUGCAGAGGAGCAUCGCUGCCCACAUCUCAAGGCCGUGUGUUUGAAAUUUGCAGCAGAAAACUUGACAGCGGUGAUGCAGUCGGAAGGGUUCAAAGAGUUGGAACAAAGCUGGCCGGCACUGAUGUCUGAGUUGCUGGAAACUGUGGCUUCGGUGGAUGAGGAGAAGCCGAGCGCCGUGUCUGGUAAGAAAAGGAGCGGCAGCAGCGUGUUCGGAUUAGACAUGGAAGCAGAUGGCGAAGCAGAAUCGGAGAAUCCCAACAGCAAACGGCAGCGAAGAGUCGAGGAAUGAGAUCGAAAAGUGUUUUAAUUUAACUUUUAUGUACAUUGUAUAUCAAACGUUUUGAUCUUUGGUUUGAUUCGUAGACUUGUAGUUUUAGAUUUGAAUUUUGCUGUUCUGUACUCUAGUACUCUACUGUUAAAGAAUGUAAGAAGAAUUUGGAACCCUUUCAAAAUCUAACCAAAAAUUUAGGUUCGAUUUAUAUACAUAUUUUUUUUUAUAUAAAAAAAUUAAUGUUAUUUAUCGAAUAUAUACAUGUAUACUUCUUUCGUCUUA